AUCAAAUCCUAACCUUCCUAAUAUGCACGAAUUCUUUUUUUCUUUUUGAAUGAAUUUUAAAUUAUAUUCAUCAAAAGUCCUUUUUAAUGAAUUCAAAUGAACCUGAGUGCAAACCUUUUUUAAGGAAGCGAAAAAAAGAAAAACGAAACGAGCCUUUUAAGUGUAAUAUGAAACACAAGAGUAACAUUUGAUCAUAUGCAGAAGAACCAUGCAACUGCGGCGAGAACAGAUCCGGAGAUAGAGAUCCCUAGCAAUGAUGAGGCUCUUCCCGUGGGAGCUGAAGCUUCAGGGCCCUCGCUAGGGCUUCCUUCGUCAGGAGACAUGUUUGGAGUCGGAGCUGGUGGAGACGAGGGGGAGGGUGAGUCGGACGAGCUGGAAGGACCUUCAGACGAGCUGGUAGGACCUUCAGACGAGCUGGUAGGACCUCCGGAGCUUGAGUCGGGGCUUGGAGACGGAGUUUUGGCUGACGAAGAUGUCGGGGACUUUGCGGGGGCGCCACCACCUGAGGAUGGGGAAGCGCUUGGAGUAGAGGUAGUGUUCUUCUUGGCUGCGGUGGGAGCAGAAGCCGUAGGCGGCGAGGUUGGGGCGGAGGCGGUUGGUUUUGGGGACCCUGCGGCUGCUUGUUUUGAGGACCCUGCGGCUGCUUGUUUUGGGGAUGCUGCAGCGGCGGGAGAAGGAGUGGGUGAGCUUUUGUUGCCGUUGGCUUUAGGAGCUCCGGCUGGAGUUGGAGGAUCAGCGGCGAAGACGGCGUUAAUGGCCAGCACGGCAACGGCCAGAGAUAGAAGCGUAAAGGUCCUUGUCAUCUUUAUGUGAAUGUUGAGAUUUUCUUUUAAGUGCGGUAAUUAAUUAUUAAAUUAUUUGUUUUUGUGUCACUCAAUUUUGAGUGGCUGUUGGUAACGGUGAAAAAAUAUUAAAGGGGGAGAAAAUAGCUAUUUUAAUUUAUAGGGGAGUCCAGAGAUUUGACCGUAGUUUUUGUUGACCGGGUCCAUAGGAGCUUGUUUUGGAAUUUGAUUGCUUUCAUUUUUUUUUGUAUAGUAAAAGAGAGAACAUGUUGUGGUGCAUGGUGGUGUUCAUCUCAACUUUCAAGACACAAUGUGGCAAGAAAGUGAAGAUUAGUAUGGUUUUACUAUUUUUCUAGUCUAAAUUUAGACAAGAAAGUGAAGAUUAGUAUGGUUGUACUAUUUUUCUUCCCCCCAACGUUUUGUAGUAGACAAGUGGUGGUAAGUCUACUAGGGCAUCAAAUUUUUUCAGAAAAGGUUUAAAAGCAUUUUUCACCAUUAAUUAGUUAGGUCUUACUUAGAUUGUAAACAAUUGUUAUUUGCUAAACAAAUUUGUUAGAUAAGUAGUUCUUUUUCUCUGUAAAAUUUUGAUAUUUUUCAAUGACAA